AUGAUCUGCAGAGCCGCAGCAGCCACCGUACUGCGAGAUAGAAACUUCUUUCUCAGCCUAAUCACCAAGGCUGCGAACCUCUCUCAACUCAACCAAACUCACGCUCAAUUGAUACUCAACGGCCUUGGCAACGACCUAAUAGCCGUAACGAAGCUAACCCAGAGGUUCUCUGAUCUCAAUGCCAUAGCCCAUGCCAAGCUCAUCUUCAACGCCUUCAAUUGCGUCAGCCCUCCUGAUCUAUUUCUUUACAAUGUUGUCCUCAGGGGGUUCUCUCAGAACAACUCGCCCUUUGAUUCUCUCUCCAUGUACCUCCACCUUCGCGGGAAAACGAAACUUAAACCGGAUAAUUUCACGUACGCGUUCGUUGUUUCGGGUGUUUCUUCAUCUGGGUAUGAGAAGUUUGGGGGAUUGCUCCAUGGGCAUGCAAUCGUUUCUGGGUAUGGCUCAGAUUUGUUUGUUGGUUCUGCUUUGGUGGACAUGUAUAUGAAUUUCGAGAGAAUUGGUCAUGCGUGCAAGGUGUUUGAUGGAAUUACUGGUCCGGAUACUGUGGUUUGGAACACCAUGGUCUCUGGGCUGGCGAGGAAUUGUUGUUUUGAUGACGCAGUUCGGGUUUUCCGCAAUAUGGUUGUGAGUGGGACUCCAUUUGAUUCUACGACGUUGUCUGUAGUUCUUACAGCUGUGGCUGAGCUGCAGGCGUUGAGACUGGGGAUGAUGGUUCAUUGCCUUGCUGUAAAGGCUGGGUAUCAUUUUCAUGAUUAUGUGAUUACAGGGUUGAUAUCAGCCUAUUCAAAAUGUGGGGAUGUUAAAACUGCAGAGAUGUUGUUUGAACAUAUUAGAAAACCAGAUUUGAUUGCAUAUAAUGCAAUGAUUGCUGGGUUUUCCUGUAACAAUGAGAUUGAAUCUUCGGUGAGGCUAUUCAAUAAAUUGCUUGUUUCAGAGCAGAAAGUUAAAUCUAGCACUAUUGUUGGUUUGAUUCCAGUGUAUUUUCCAUUUGGUCAUCUAGAUCUUACUUGUUCAAUACAUGGUCUUUGUGUGAAAACAGGGAUGAUUACAAAUCCAUCAGUUUCUACUGCACUGACUACGGUUUAUAGUCGCCUGAAUGAAAUCGAAUCAGCUAGGCAGCUGUUUAAUGAAUCCCCAGAGAAAAGUUUGGCUUCUUGGAAUGCUAUGAUAUCGGGAUAUACACAAAAUGGUCUGACAGAAAUGGCAAUUUCUCUCUUUCUUGAAAUGCAAAAGUUAGAUAUCCAUCCCAAUCCUGUCACAAUCACAAGUAUACUUUCAGCUUGUGCUCAACUUGGAGCUCUAAGCAUUGGAAAAUGGGUCCAUGAAUUGAUAAACAAGGAGAAUUUUGAGUCCAACAUUUAUGUUCUAACUGCUUUAGUUGACAUGUAUGCAAAGUGUGGAAGCAUUGACAAGGCUCGGCAAUUAUUUGAUGCUAUGCUGGAGAAAAAUGUAGUCACUUGGAAUGCCAUGAUUUCUGGUUACGGCCUACAUGGAUAUGGCCGUGAAUCAUUAAUGCUCUUUGAUAAAAUGCUUGGUUCUGGAGUUCACCCAACCGGAGUUACUUUUCUUUCUCUACUUUAUGCUUGCAGUCAUACUGGUUUGGUAGUAGAAGGUGAGAAUGUUUUCUAUUCCAUGGUUCAUAAUCAUGGCAUUAAGCCCCUGUCUGAACAUUAUGCUUGCAUGGUAGACCUCUUGGGCCGAGCUGGGAAACUAGAAAAGGCCCUGGACUUCAUAAACAAGAUGCCUGUGGAGCCUGGUCCAGCAGAAUGGGGUGCUCUGUUAGCUGCUUGCAUGAUCCACAAGGACUCUAAUCUUGCUCACUUGGCCUCUGAAAAGUUGUUUGAAUUGGACACUGAGAAUGUUGGGUACUAUGUACUUCUAUCAAAUAUAUAUUCUGCAGACCGCAACUAUCCUCAGGCUGCUUCAGUAAGGCAAAUGGUUAAAAAGAGAAAGCUAGCUAAGAUCCCUGGAUGUACUCUAAUUGAAGUUGAUGGCCACCCAUAUGUCUUUAAAUCUAGUGACCAAUCACACCCUCAAUCUUCUGCCAUUUAUGCAAAGCUCGAGGAAUUGAUGGAAAAGAUGAGGGAGGCUGGAUUUCAGGCAGAGACCAGCAUAGCAUUGCAUGAUGUGGAAGAGGAGGAAAAGGAGUUAAUGGUUAAAGUUCAUAGUGAGAAGCUAGCCAUUUCGUUUGGGCUUAUAACUUCUGAACCAGGAACUGAGAUCAGGAUCAUCAAGAACUUAAGGGUCUGCAUUGAUUGCCAUAAUUUCACUAAAUUUAUUUCCAAGAUCACUGAGAGAGUUAUUGUCGUGAGGGAUGCCAAUAGGUUUCAUCAUUUCAAAGAUGGAACAUGUUCGUGUGGAGAUUAUUGGUGAAAGAGUCUUUCUCUCUUUUAAACUCUAGAGGAUUGGAAUCUGCAGAUGUUCAUACCAUUGACGAUUUUGAUAUUAGAGGAAUUGAGAUUCAAGCCAUCUUAAAAUGCUAUGACCCUGCUUUAUUUCCUGGUUAUCUGCAAUAUACUUUGCUAAAUUCUUUUGUUCCAUGUGACCAUGUUUUGGAUAGGAUAAAUGUUAGACCAACUGACCAAAGUUUGUGGAAUUCUUAUUUGUCAUACUCUAGUGUGGUACUAGUGAUCAGUUGUUUCUAAACUAGCUUAUAGAUUUCAGUAACUACUUCCAUUUUUUGGUAGAACGGAUUCAUCUUAUUGUAUGGUGUCUAAAUGUUUAGUUCCAAAAAACCAACUGAAAGAAAUAUCAGUCAAAUUUCUAUCAA